AUGUCAAGUCAAGAAAAUGGCUCACCUGAACACCCAACAUGGCCGGAGUUCAAGCUUCCUGACUUGUUGUCUACGGACACUGUUCGACAAGUCCAUGCAACAAUUGAGAAUGAAUGGGAUCCCCUUCAGCGGUCUGCAUGCCAAACUGCAGCUGGUAGAGCCUUGUGGAAGCAUGUGAUUCAUGACCCCCUGGCAGACAUACUUGCUGGAGAGACGUACUUAAAAAAUCUUCAUGAGAAGAUAAAGAAAGACUGUGUCAACAAAGCACGAGAAAUCUCUGGAGUCAUUCUUGCAGUUCGAACCCUCUGGUUUGAUUCAAAACUUGAAGAAGCACUUCAUUCCUUCAAUGACAGAGAAGCACAAGUAGUUCUUCUUGGGGCAGGAAUGGAUGCAAGGGCUUACCGAUUGAGUUGCUUGAAGGAAAGCAAUGUGUUCGAAGUUGAUUUUCCUGAAGUCCUGCAAAUUAAGGCCACUCUUCUGCAAGCAGCGAUGGAUUCUACAAACGAUCACCAGUAUCUAACGAUGACAGCAAAAUCCAUAACCAGAGUGGCGGCUGAUAUCAGAAGCAAUGACUGGCUCGAAAAACUUCAAAUAUCAGGGUUUGUGCCAGAGAAGAACACAGUGUGGGUUCUGGAAGGCAUCCUCUACUACUUAUCCCACUCUGAGGCCACACAAGUACUUGAAAUCAUAGCAGACAAGUGCUCGCUUACUAACACAGUGCUCUUGGCAGAUUUUAUGAACAAACCAUCAACCAGUCUCUCCAGUUCCAUCUUCCAUUUCUACAGCGAUUGGCCUGAUCAUCUCCUGCCAUCUCUUGGCUUUUCUUAUGUUAAACUUUCACAAAUUGGUGAUCCAGAUGCUCAUUUUGGGCUCAUGCACGAUCCCUUAAAUCUGUUCAACAAGCUCCGCAGCUUGCCUAGGUCAGUAUAUACCCACCCAGAUGAUGGAACACCAUGUUGUCGCUUGUAUUUGGUUGAGGCUUCUGGUUCACCAAAGCAAACUAUUCCAUAG